AUGUACGUUUUCAAUGCUUUAGCUGGUGCUGAAUGCUUUCUGCUACCUGUGAUGGCCUUUGACCAUUAUGUAGCCAUCUGUAGCCCACUGCUCUACAUGGUUGUGGAUUUUGGGAAACAUAGCUUAAUUCCUGGAAGAAGUGACAGCUCUCAACUUCUUCAGUGGACUAAAUUCCAGGUGGCAUCCUUUGUGAAUGGAAUUAAGAAGCUUUCUGUCACCAGCAGAUUGUUGAAAGUUGUUUCCAAGUCUGAAUUGAAUGUUGUUUAUUUAAGGGAGAUGGACCAGAAAGAUAUCACUGCAGUCCCUGAAUUCAUUCUUAUGGGACUUACUGAACUCGCAGAAUUCCAGACCCUUCACUUUUUGGUGCUUCUGGCAGUCUAUCUGAUCAGCCUUUUGGUGAGAACUAUUUCCUUGAUAGAACGUGCCAUGCAGAUUUAUCUCUUUGUGGCCUGUGUAACCACCGAGGAUUACCUCCUGGUGGUCAUGGCAUAUGAAUGCUUCAUGGCAAUCUGCAACCCUCUGCUCUAUGCGGUUGUUAUGUCCCCCAGAGUUUGCACUCAGUUCAGGCUUUGUUCAUAUCUCAUUGGUUUUCUCCAGGGACUCAUUCAGGUGCUGCUAAUAUUUCAUCUGCCAUUUUGCAAGUCAAAUAUCAUCAAUCAUUUCUUCUGUGAUCUCUCCCCAAUAUUAAAAUUAUUGUGCAGUAACACCUUCCCCAGUGAGGUCUUGCUUUUCAGACUGGGGCUUUUCAAUGGAACUCUCACCUCUCUGGAAAUUGUGGUGUCUUAUGUAUAUAUCCUCAUCACCACCCUGAAGAUCUGCUCUGCAACAGGGAGACCCAAGGCCUUCUCCACCUGUGUCUCACACCUAACAAUGGUUGGCUUAUUAUAUGGGACCACCAUCUUCAUAAACAUUCGGCCCAGUUCUCAGUACACACCAGAAAAUGACAAAGUGGUUUUCAUGUUUUAUACUCCUGUGAUGCUAAUGCUGAAUCCUCUGAUCUCCAGCCUGAGAAAGAAGGAUGUGAAAGAUACCCUGUGA